AUGUCAGGAGACUGUUCAGAUGAUGCCGAUGAAAAGGAUGGCCGUGAGGACGCAAUUCUAGCCCUGUUGUAUGAUUGGACUGUGAAGAACGUGUUCACGCCCAACGAUCUGGGAACAAUGGUCGCCUAUGUACUCCUCUUCCUUAUUUCGUGGUAUGUCAUCUUGUCGGCCUUACGCUUCGUGAUGCGACUAAUGUGGCCGGUGAUAGUCGUGGUAUCGGCGGUGCUGUUGUUUCGUUUUCUAAGAACCUUUGAACCGGCCGAUCUGGCGGACAUGUUUCUUUACGCCAUUGGCCUAGUGGCUGAUCUCUCGUGCCUUCUGGCGACGUACGCGCUUUACAGCCUCGUCGGCUCUUCGCAGGCCGAGCAGUUUCAACUGCAGCAGUCGAAACUAAAGCGUGAUGCUGGGCUACAUUUUGGCACUAGCGCCGCACACUCCUCCCACUCCGCGCACUCAUCCUCCUCCUCCCCCUCAUCCCACUACCAUGGACCCUCGCACAAGUAUUUACCACCCGCUUCGAGUGUCUUAGGCUACGAAGGUGGCAGCUACAGUUCGCUGCACGGUAAUGGACUGGCUUCCAGCCAUGGUCUUGACUUUGGCAGCCUAGAUGCGGACAAUUACCACCUUGGGCAUCAGCCGCAACCAUCGCCGCAUCAUCAUCAGUCCCACCACCAUGUGUCGGCACAUCGCCCCUUAUACCACCAUGCGCCUAAGGUGGAGACAUACAUUGUGCAGACAAGCAGCCACGGGCAUGGCGGUGGGCAUGGGCUAGGUCAUGGGAUCGGAACAGGACAUAGCGUUUCUCUUGGCCAUGGCCAUGCUGCCCAUGGUGGGUACAAGCUCAGUCCACACAUCGGAAGCAGCAGCAUCGGAGGAGGAGGAGGAGGCAGCACUCUGAGCUUACUGGGCGGACACAAGCUGCACACCGGAUUUAUGCUUCCCAGCUCCUUGCAUCGAUAUGGCGGAGAAUACAGUUAUAGCGGGCAUCAGAGCAAGCCAAGCUUUGCCUCCUCCAGCCACACUUCCAGUCAUGGUCCCAGUCUAAGCCUGAGUCACGGCCAUGGUUCUAAUCUGGGUCUAAAUCAUGUAGCCUUAGAUCUGAGUGGACAUUCCCAUGGCAGUUCCUCCUCCUCUGGUUCUGGCUAUCACUAUUCGCCCACGCUAUCGCACGAGCUGGAGUCGCAUCAUGUACACGGUGGUGCUCAAGAGUCUUCCGGCUACAGCUACGAUGUGCCCAGUCUUGCCUUUGGCGCCGGCAGCAAGCCCAUAAGUAGUUAUGGUGUUCCUCUGCUUUCGGGCUACGAUCAUGAGCCCAAAGAGGAGUCAACUGCAGGAGUCUCAUCGCACGGACAGCAUGAGCACGAGCAAGCUCCCGCAUAUGCCCUAGGUCAGAAGGGUCUGGGUCACUUCACCUACACGGCCAGUACCCCCCAUGCCCUGCACACCGACAUCAUUGGGCUGACCAGCCACCACCAAUCGGAUGAGGGAGCGCAUUCAGUGUCCAUGCACGAGCACAAUGACCACACCGUUGAACUCUCGAAGGCGCCCUUUAAGCCUUCCGCCUUCCUUGGUGCCAAGCACGAGAGUAGCAGCGAUGGACACGACUCUCAAAGCUAUGAUUUUGAUGCCGCCAACACGCAAUAUGUACAGGCGCCCAUCUCAACGGGCUACGACUACCAACCAUCCACUGUGCUCUAUGGUGCCCCCACGCACUCGGGUGACUCGGCCACACCCAUUUUUGAACCGGAGGCGACAUAUUUGCCACCUGCAGCCGCUGCCGUGCCACAGCUCAGCUAUGGCCAGCCCGCGGGCUCCAGUCAUGGCUAUCAUCACUGA